GAUGCUCUUUCCCCCCAGCCCGCUGCAGCUCGCCCACACGCAGCGGGCACCAGCACCGAUGGAGUUAGGACUUCAGCUGCCACCUCAAACUCCGCCUGGAGCUGCGAAGAUGCUCGGGCCAGCCCCAGCCCUCUCUGCCUGGACCCUGUAGCCCGAGCCUCUCCCGGCCGUGCUGCCGCCGGUGCCGCAGUGCCCCUCGCACAGCCAGAGGCCAUGUAUCCCUACACCAACUGCACCAGCCUGGCACCCCUCCGCGACUACCUGGCCCGGCUGGAGGCCGAGGUGCUCUGCAAUCACAGCCACGUGGACCCGGAGGACAUGACCCUCACGGAGGACGAGCUGCGGGACAAGUACCUGGGGCCGCGGCGGUCCAGCUUCUUCGUGCCCGUCUGCACCACCUACCUGCUGAUCUUCGUGGUGGGCGCCGUGGGCAACACGCUGACCUGCCUAGUGAUCCUGCGGCACAAGUUCAUGCGGACGCCCACCAACUACUACCUGUUCAGCCUGGCCGUGUCAGACCUGCUGGUGCUGCUGCUAGGCAUGCCGCUGGAGCUGUACGACAUGUGGAGCAACUACCCCUUCCUGCUGGGCGCGGGCGGCUGCUACUUCAAGACGCUGCUGUUCGAGGCCGUGUGCUUCGCCUCCAUCCUCAACGUCACGGCCCUGAGCGUGGAGCGCUACAUCGCCGUGGUGCACCCGCUCAAGGCCAAGUACGUGGUGACCCGCAACCAUGCCAAGCGGGUCAUCGGUGCCAUCUGGGUGCUCUCGGUGCUCUGCUCCAUCCCCAACACCAGCCUCCAUGGCAUCAGGCCGCUGUACGUGCCGGGCCGGGGCGUGGUGCCCGACUCGGCCAUCUGCAUGGUGGUGAAGCCACUGGUGCUCUACAACCUCAUCAUCCAGAUCACCACCAUCCUCUUCUUCUUCCUGCCCAUGGGCACCCUCAGCAUCCUCUACCUGCUCAUCGGCCUGCAGCUGAGGAAGGAGAAGAUGCUGCAGAGCCUGGAGGCCAAGGCGGGCAGGGACAGUGACUACCACCAUGUCCGAGCCCAGCAGAAGAAGGUCCGGAGGAGGCAGGUGACUAAGAUGCUGUUUGUCCUGGUGGUCGUGUUUGGGAUCUGCUGGGCCCCCUUCCACACGGACCGGCUGGUCUGGAGCUUCGUCUCCAACUGGACGGGCAACAUGCACGAGAUGUUCCAGUACGUCCACAUCAUCUCGGGGGUCUUCUUCUACCUGAGCUCGGCCACCAACCCCAUCCUCUACAACCUGAUGUCCACCCGCUUCCGGGAGAUGUUCAAGGAGGUGAUGUGUCACCAGCACCUCCAGCGCCUCGGCUCCCGCAAGUACUCGCCCAGCGUCACCCGGGUCACCACCCGCAGCACGGUGUGCGAGCACGUGCCCAGCGGCAACGGGCUGCCCCUGGCCAACCUGGAGGAGUAUGAGACGGACAGGGAGGUCGAGCGCAGCAAUGAGCACGCGGCAGUCUUUGACUGAGAGCCUUCCCCACCCGCCAGGCUCGGAUGUGACCGCAAGGGGAUGGGACAGGCCAGGACUGGCAUUCGCGGUCACCCACUCCCAUCUCCCCUGCAUUGUGGUACCUGCUAGCACUGCCCAGACACAGGCUUCUGUCUCCAUCUCACCCCCUCAGGGCUGAGCUUGCCAAGGGCCUCCGGAUGGUGAGGGAGGGGACCUCUCAAAUUUGGGUCCACAUUAAGAGCAUUAAUUCUUCCUGGCUGCUGGCCCACACCAUGGUCUGUGCCCUUGCUGCCUCCAUGGGCAGAGCCAGAGCCCCUGGCAUGGCACUGAGUGCGGGUGGGUUGUAUCAGGAACAUUUGGCAGCCCCGAAGCAGCUUCAUAGAAAGGGAAGGGAGCAAACGAAGCCUGGUGAGCGCAGCUGAGCCCAGGGAGGUCUGGGGUUGCAGUCACUGCUACAGCUGAGAAGCAGGGACUCGGAUGGAGGUUCAGCCAUGCAGAGGGCUGGAGCAUGGCCACAGGGCAGCACUCUCCCCACACUGCUGUAGGCCAAGGAAAGUCUGUCUCUCCACUGCCUCUGUCCCCUGCUGAUCCCGGACUGGGUCUCCCAAUGCGAUGUCCUGCCCUGCCUCUUUGGGGGGCCAGCCCCUGGGUCCCCAUGCCCAGCCGGCAGUGAGAGCACAUCACAGCAGGGUGGCAUUGUGGCAGGAUCACACCGUGCCCCUGCAGUGAUGUGCCAGCCAGAACCGGGUGGUUUGGGGCUGUCACAGCGGAGGUGUUACUGUGUCUGGCACGUGGCCCAGUUGUUCACAGCCCUCGGUGCAGCCAGGGAUCAGCUCUUAAUUCUUCACCAUUUUCUUCCCAUACUAGCCCCAUUCACCCCCCCGGGCGUCCUCCUACCCCGAAUCCCUCCUUCUUGCAGCCCCAACCUCCUCCAGCGCUCUGGUUCUCCCCGCCUUCCCCACGUGCCCGUUCAGAUGUGCAGGAGCUUGGUAUCGCAGCUCCAGUCCCCAGCGCUGGCGUGACUCUAGGGGAACAAUGCAGCCAGGCUUCAUCCCUUUAUCUCUGGGUCCUGGCGUGCAUGGGAAUCACACACAUCCCAGCUUUUCUGCCCUGUCACAAGGGCUGGAAAUGGACCGUGGCUGAGAACUGAGCUAAUCACAGGACUCCGGGAGCUGGAGCUUGCUGGGAGCACACACAGCAUAUCACAGGAGCCGGCAGUGGUGGCGCUGGCCCGGACAUGUCAGGGGGGCAGCGGAGGGUCAGGGGGCUGACGUGGAGGGAAUCGGCGACCGUAUCUCACUGGAGCUGAGCAGACGCAGCGGUGCAGUGUCUCCCGACAGGCCCAGGGCUUGACGGCUCCAACACCACCGAGGACAACGGGGCCAAGGGCAGACUCUCCCCCAGCUUGUCCACGCUUAUGGCACCCACGGCUGCCUGGCUGUCCCAGCACAUCGUGGCUUCACCGCCUCUGCUUCGGAUGAGGCAGGACCACCCCGUGCCCCCUUCCCUUCAUCCCAGAGACACCAUCCACCCCCCCGGACCGAACCGGGGCCACAUGGCAGAGGGGUGGCUGUGCCUCACUGCUUCCCUGGAGUGUGCAUCCUCCCCAUGGAGACUCGGGAGCCUUCCUGCCAGCUGCCAGGCCCCCCUGCGCCAGCUGCUGGCUCCUCUGCUUCCCUCGCCCCUGCAGACUGGCAGCUACCCCCUGUACCCCCCCUGUGAGCACUUUUGGGGAGUGAGGGAAUCCCUCUCCCCGGUGUCUGUGAGCUGGUUGUCACUCAGCUUGAGAAUUAA